UGUAAACAUAAACAACUGGUUCCCGCCAAAACGCAGUGCUCUCUCUGCAGUCUCUGCACUGCUGCAUCAGAAAGCAAUGUGCAAUGCAUCGUGUAAUGUUUAUUGAAUUAAUUUUCAUUCAUUGUAGAUAAGGUGUUUGUUUAUUUUAGUACAAGUAGACGAGCACAUUGCCUUUGUCGGGUGAUAAACGGCUAAUUUAGGUUGGAUAUUUUUAGCCGAUUUCUUGUUUUUCCAAUAGCCAUCUCGUUACCCCCAAAGCAACCAUGGCAGAAUCAUCUUUAGCAGCUCAAAGGAGCAAACGUCAAAAACUAGACAAGAAUGGUCGACUGUCAGCUUUGGAAAAACUAAAGCAAUUGAAAGGCAGUAAAAAUAAAUAUAAAGUGGAUGAUAUGGAUAAUAUAUAUGAUGAAGUAGAUGAAGAGUCUUAUAGUAAAGCUGUUUUAGAUCGACAGUAUGACGACUGGAUUGUUGAUGAUGGAGGUGGUUCUGGCUAUGUGGAAGAUGGACGUGAAAUAUUUGAUGAUGACCUGGAUGACGAAAGUGUACGUCAAGCUGCAAAGCGUGAACAGACAAAAGGUCCAAGAAAACGAAAGCGAGAAACAGAACCCAAGAAGGGAAGUAUUACAAGCAUGUUCUCAAGCAUGGCUGGUAAAAAGAAGGCAGAGGAAAAAAUUGAUACCGACGAUAUUCUCGGAGAUCUUCUGUCAGAGUUAAAAAGUGAUACCGAUUCAUCAAAACGUAAAGAUACACCAAGAAGUAACAAGUUUCUCACUAAUAAAACUACUCAGGCAUUGGAUGAUGACAAAUUAUUGAAUAACUUGAUAAAAUCAGAAUUAAAAAAGCCGAAAACUGUGCUUGAUGAUUUAGAACAUGAAACUUUGUAUGAUAAACCAAAAAAAUCAAGUGAUGAACCAAAACCAAGUAAUGAAAAGAAAAUAAAACCGAAAAUAAUCAGCGAGGAAAUAAUCGUGAAACCAAAUACGAAUAACGAAAUAAAAAUACUGAAACAAAAUAUUGAAGAGAAAGUAAAAACUAAUGAUAUUAGUGAACUAGAAGAAAAUACAGAAUUGUUAAAUUUCGAUGAUGAUUUCACACCAGAUAGUUUUACAAAUGUUACAUCUAAAAAUGAAACUCCCAUUACAAACAGCGCGGUAUCAAUUCAAAGUACUGAUAAAAACAUUACAAGCAAUGAGGAUCUCAAUCAAUACAUUGGUGAUAUAUCUGACUUUGAUUUUGGUAGUACUGAGAUAGAUUCAAGUAUAAAUCAAACUACUCAAGACAAAUCUCAAAUGUGGAAGGAAAAAGGUGCUGAGCUAGUGAACGAUGAUAUAUUUGCAAAAGCUUGGGAGGAAGAUUUUAGUAUGGCGAAAUCGGUGCUACAAACGCAAUUAAAGGAUGCUGACGAAAAAAUGUUGCCAUUACCCACAAUCGGGGGUGACGACGAAAACGAAGAGGAAAAAAUGAUUCGAUUCUUUUGGUGGGAUGCUUUUGAAGAUCCCUACAAGCAACCUGGAGUUGUUUAUCUGUUUGGGAAAAUUUUUGUUGAUAGCCUCAAUGAAUACGUGUCAUGUUGCAUCAGUGUGAAAAAUAUACCUAGAAAAGUUUAUUUACUGCCUCGGGACCACCAACAAGAACAAUUUGACAAAACAGAAAAAGAGAAAUUCAUAUUGGACAUCUACAACGAAUUUAAGGAAUACACAAUAAAAAGGGGAAUAAACGACUUUCGUUCCAAAGAUUUGGUAAAAAAUUAUGCGUUUGAACGGAAAGGUGUACCUAUUAUGUCCGAUUAUCUGUUGGUUGAAUAUCCAGCGACGGAACCAGCUGUGGAAUCAGAUUUCUCUAGCCCACUCAUUGAAGCAGUUUUCGGUACUUCAGUGAAUGCCCUUGAACUGUUCCUCAUAGAAAGAAAUAUAAAAGGCCCUUGUUGGCUCAACAUUAAGGCACCCCUCCCUGUUGAUAAUCGUUUUAGCUGGUGCAAAGUCCAAGCAAUUUGUACAAGAAUGGAAAAUAUUACUGUUGCUGUUGAUCAGUCAAAUACCUUAACAAUACCACCCAUUGUCAUGGCCACUAUCAAUGUUCAAGUAUCUUUGAAUCCCGUUCAGCAAAAAAAUGAAAUCGUGAACAUUGGACUCUUGCUUCAUAAUAAAUUUCAACUAGAUAAAGCUCCACCUAAGCCACCAUUUGAUAACCAUUACUGCUUUGUGACGCAUCCUCGAAGUACGGGUUGGCCCAUAAAAGGUAGAGAUCGAUUAUCCAAGAUUACAAAAACGACAGUGAUCCAAUGCGAAACAGAGCUUGAACUGUUUGAAAAAUUUCUCGAGACCAUUCAUCGCUCAGAUCCUGAUGUUAUUGUCGGCUAUGACUGUGGUUUUCAGUUUGAUGUCCUUGUUAGCAAAAUUUUGGCUCUUAAAGUGAAAAAUUGGAGCUGUCUGGGAAAACUUAAGCGUUUUCCAGCGCCUUACUUUAAGGGGAAAAUAAACUUGGGCCAAAUCUUUUGCGGUCGACCAGUUUGCGAUGUAACGACUUCUGCCAAAGAAUUGAAUUUAAAAGUCAAGAGCUACGACCUAUCGUCACUUUGUGUCGCUGUAUUGAAGAAAAAAGAGUACGAGUGUAAGGAAAUAAAACCCGAAGACUGUCCAAAAUAUUACAGCUCCGUUGAAAAAUUAGAAAAAUUAAUUGGAGCCACAAUGAUGGAGGCCUCCUAUAUUAUUAGAAUCGUUGUAGAGCUGAACAUUCUCCCUUUGGCUCUACAAAUAACUAACAUUGCCGGCAACACGUUAUCACGAACACUUUCAGCUGGUCGAGCUGAGAGGAACGAGUUUCUGCUCUUACAUGCUUUCCACAACAAAAAUUAUAUUACACCAGAUAAAAGAACAACCAGUAAAAAGAAAGAAGAUGUAGAUCAAGGAAGAAAAAAGAAACCAGCAUACGCCGGUGGUCUGGUUUUAGAUCCAAAAAAAGGUUUCUAUGAUAAAUUAAUUUUGCUUAUGGACUUCAACUCGCUGUAUCCAAGUAUUAUACAAGAAUUCAACCUAUGCUUCACUACGGUACCGGGGGCAGCAUACGAGGAUGUAGAGAAUUUGUCGUUACCUGAGUCGUCGGUGGAACCUGGGAUAAUACCUACGGAAAUUCGCAAACUCGUUGAGAGCCGCGUGGAGGUGAAAAAGCUAAUGAAAUUAAGAAACAUCUCACCAGAACUCAGAGCUCAAUAUAAUAUUCGACAAAUGGCUUUAAAGCUCACAGCCAACUCCAUGUAUGGCUGUCUUGGAGCGACACACUGUCGUUUCUAUGCCAAGGGUCUUGCAGCUCUCGUAACAAUGAAAGGUCGCGAGAUCCUACAAAACACAAAAACUCUUGUUGAAAAGUGUAAUUAUGAGGUCAUUUACGGUGAUACCGACUCUAUUAUGAUCAAUACAAAUAUUCUUGAAUACGACCAAGUGUUCAAUAUCGGUAAGGACAUAAAGAAGGAGGUGAACAAAUUGUAUAAAAAAGUCGAGCUUGACAUCGAUGGAGUUUUUAGGUAUCUAUUGCUAUUACAAAAAAAGAAAUAUGCCGCAGUGAGUAUGAGUAAAGCUCCAAGUGGACAGUUGGAGUAUACAAAAGAACUAAAAGGAUUAGAUAUCGUAAGAAGAGACUGGUGUGGCUUAGCUUGUGAUAUUGGCAAUCAAAUCUUGGAUCAGCUUUUGAGUGAUCAGUCCAGCGAAGACCGCCUGCAAAAGAUUUUCGAAAUUCUGCAAAUUGUCGGAAACAACCUACGUGACGGCAACUUGCCUCUAUCUUUGCUUGUUAUAACAAAGCAGCUUUCUAAAAAUCCAAACGAAUAUCCAAAUGAUAAAAAACUGUCGCAUGUGCUUGUUGCCUUGAGACUUAAUGAGAGCGGCGGUCGUAAAUGGAAAGCUGGUGAUACAGUGCCUUACAUUAUUUGCGAGGAUGGUACCGACAAAACAGCCCUCGAAAGAGCUUAUCAUGUUGAGGAAUUCAAAAAAAGCGAUAGUCUUAAAGUUGAUAUUAAUUAUUAUCUACUCAAUCAAAUACAUCCCGUUGUUUUAAGAAUAUGCGAUCCAAUUGAGGGUAUCGAUGAUGUUUUGAUUGCUCAAAACCUUGGCAUUGGAGAUAAAUAUAAACCAAAGAGAACAGUUGUGAGCCAAGAAGAGGGAGAAGUUCCAUUAUGUAUUAAGGACAAUCGUUAUGAAAACUGUCAACCAUUAAAAUUUCUUUGUCGCAACGAAAAUUGUAAAACUGAAAUUGAAAUUAGCACACCAGUCAGUGAACUUAAUGGAGUGAUUCGGCCUUCACUAGCCAUGUGUACAAAUCCAGAAUGUGAUUUACCACCAUGGAAGUAUGCAUAUGCUUUACAAAAUAAACUUCAAAUAGAUAUUCGAAAAUUCGUCACAGAUUACUACUACGGCGAAGUAGAAUGUGAAAAUCCUAUUUGCUCUAAAGUUAUGCGAAGAAUUAUUUUAGAUACAAAUUAUACAUUCCCUAAAUGCUACAACUGUGCAGAUGGAAACGUUCAUAGAAUAUAUAAGGAAACAGAUUUGUUCAACCAACUUAGCUUUUACUUGUAUAUAUUUACUUUAAAUCAAACUCAUUUAAAAAAUUUAAAGCCAGCACCAUCUCGGGAUCUUUUAGCUACAUACGAUACAAUCAAGGAAUUUGUAGAGAAGCAGAUGCAGUGUAACGCAUAUUCAGUAGUUGAUUUAACAAAGUUAUUCUGGCCACAUGUACAGGAAAGUAAUGUAGAUAUCGAAAGUAAAGAUAUGGUUCUGACCCUCGAGGUUGAAAAUUCCCAAGAAGAUGAAGAUUUCGAAAGCAACGAAUGAAAUUGUGGGCCAAUAUUAAUUUUAUAAAAGUUUAUUAUUACAAAAAACUGUUAUUUUUAUGAGAAUGAAAAA